UAAAAGCUACGAUUAGGGUUUCCGCCGAGCUGAGAGCAGACCAAAGGAGAGUCUUUGCUUCACCUAGGGUUCCAGUUCUCUCCCCCUCCACCAACGCGAAAAUGACUAAGCGCACGAAGAAGGCUGGAAUUGUUGGGAAGUAUGGCACCCGGUAUGGUGCAAGUCUAAGGAAGCAGAUUAAGAAAAUGGAGGUCAGCCAACAUGCUAAGUAUUUCUGCGAGUUCUGUGGCAAGUAUGCCGUGAAAAGGAAAGCUGUUGGGAUCUGGGGCUGCAAGGACUGUGGCAAAGUGAAAGCUGGUGGUGCUUACACACUCAACACCGCGAGUGCUGUCACUGUCAGGAGCACCAUCAGGAGGCUGAGGGAGCAGACUGAGAGUUAGAUUUCCUUUAUUCUGUCGCUUAGUUUGUUUUAUCGAGGUUGUAAUGAGUAGAGUGGCAAUGCCCACAUCUUAUCGUUUUGGGAUCUUACGUAGGCCGUGGUGCUAUGUUAAGGCUAGUAUUUGUUUUCUCAACUCUGAAUCUCUUGAACCUGUUUCUGUUUGGACAAGUCAUGUUUUUUUGGUAGGAAUCUGUUAGUUUUAGUGCUUAUGUUUGAAUUGUUGGCUGGUGUCUGGUUUUAUGUUUGAACUGUUGCCUGGUUGCUUUGUUUC